UCGCGAGUGGGGUGAGAGUCGGUGUCCCCUUCCCUGUCCUCGGGCCGGUCGGGUCGGUACUGCUCGUGCGCUCGGGGGACUCUUUCCUCCAGUCUCUCAGUACGGGCGGCAGUCGGGAGGGAAAUUGUCAGUCGCGGCACACGAGCUCAACUACGUCGUCGUCGACUUGGGCUUGGAGUCGGCGGCCGACUUCGAUCCGUUAAACUGGCCCGUCCGGCUUAAAGGAAGUGGAAGCACGAAAGAAUAAAAUAAUUACAGAGGCUACUGUACAUGCAAAAGAGUGGUCGCGCAGACAACACCUCUAAUUUUCAUUGGAUCUUCUGAGAGGAAGACCAGGGAUUCCAAGAGUUGGAAAAUUAUUCAAUCCAACAUGUAUAGUAUGAACUAUAUUGGCAAGUUUAUCAGCAAUUUUCGGGACUUUUACAAUGAAAUUAAUGCUGCGACGCUGACUGGAGCCAUCGACGUUGUGGUUAUACAACAACCCAAUGGAUCCUUUACUUGCUCGCCAUUUCACGUGCGCUUUGGAAAGCUUGGCGUACUACGUUCUAGAGAGAAAGUGGUUGAUAUUGAAAUAAAUUCAGAGUCAAGGCAGAUUCACAUGAAACUCGGUGAUUCUGGCGAAGCUUUUUUCGUAGAGGAAGUACAAGGAUUCAAUGGCAAUUGCAGCGAUACUGAAAUUCCUCCACAUUUAGCAUGUUCACCUAUUCCUAACGAUGACGAUUGUUUUCCUAACAACAGAAGAUUCAAUGUUCUUUCCGAUUUACCUCACGAGCAACAUGAAAAAAUACUUAGAGACUCCGUUAUGUCUAUCGAACGUGAAAAGUGGGAACAAAUGUCAGCUCUGCCACCUAACGAAAGAGAAAACUUCUUGAUCGAGCAUUUUUCUGAUCUGCCACUAGAGCAAAGAGAAAAAUGGCUGCAAAUAGCUUCCUUAACAUCAGAGGAAAGAGAUAAAAUAUUUCACGAAUAUUAUGGCACUAUUUCGACAGUACAGAAGCAACAAAUGAUAAGCGAGCAGUAUUCAGCUCUCAAGACAGAGGAUAAAGAGAGACUUUUUAAAGAAAAUUUUCCUGAACUGCCAGCAGACCAGAGACAACGAUUUGAGGAAGCAUUAUUGACUGAUUGGAAGCGGAAGGAUCAUCCGUACUCUCCAAAAAAAUUAAAUCGAGAAGAAAUUAUUGAUAACGAAGAUGAAGAGAUUGAAGAGGAAGAAGAUAACGACGAUGAAGAUAAAGAAAAAUGUUCACGGUUCAAUGUCGACGAAGAGAUCUUUGAUAUGGAUAUCAUAAAUCAAGAUGAUAAACUAAAAGCACCUGCUGUUGCAAAUCCGAAAUCUUUCGUAGCGGUUACUUCAUCGGAGAGAAUACGCAAAAUUAGUGUUGUGAAAAAUGAUUUUCGACCGAUCGUGGAAAACCUUAAUAACGAUCCGUACGAGGAGAAGGAAAAACUUGUAAAUGAAUCUGUAGAUAUUCAUAUGCCCUUAUCAUCCUCUUCAUCAUCAUCUUCUGCUAAAAGAAAUUCAAAAGAUGAAUCCACGGCGGACGAGACAAAAAUUGGUAGUAAUACUUCAAAGAGGAAGCGGAAGAGAAAGAGCCUGUUGAAAAGAAAAACUGCGCAGAGAAAAAUUAGUAAUGCUAUGUACAAUACUUCAGAAUCUUGUAAUAGUGAUCAAAAUAAAAUAUCUCAAGGAAUUUGUAUACCUGAUACCGAGAAACAUCAUAUUAUUGAUCCUGAAGCAAAAACUGUGUUGCAAAAUGAGAUAAUAGACACUGCUAAAGACGAUGAUCUAAAUAAAUUAAACGUAAUCCAUGCAUCAACUGAUUUUCAUUUCUUUAGUGACACCGAAGUCACAACAAAGGACAAAGGCUCGAGACCCAAUUCACCAGUGCAAUCUGAUACUGAAUUUGAAGUGCAAAAAAUAACACAAGAGAGUAAGGUUGGGGAGGAGGAAAAGUCUCAUGGACAAAGCUGGCGAUGGGGUGAAUUGCCAAGUCCACCACACGAUGGAUCUCUGGUUGCUCAUGGACUUCCAUUAAAUACCGUCGAUGCGUCUAAUCCCAACAUUGAAACGGCCGAAGCACGUCGGUCCAUGCUUGGAGGAAUGUUCUCGUUCAUGAAGAAAACGUCGCGCGUGAGACACAACCCGGAAUCGGAGGGCAUUUAUUUGAGUGAUCUGAAUGCGGACGAGCUGGAUCCGGAGGUCGCGGCUCUGUAUUUCCCCUCGUCCCAUCGUAAUCCGGGAGGUAACGCGACUAAAGGUGGUAAGACGGGCGACGAGGAAGACGCGGAAUCGGGCAACGGACCCUCGCUCCCCCAGAGUCCGAACAGCGUGGAGGGGGCGAUAGGCGGUCCCAAGUCCCUCGACAGCGACUUCGACGAGUCGACGACGAAGCACCUGGAGCCGAGUAUCGAGGUCGCGCUGUCGCUCUGCGGUGGCCUCGGGACUGGUGAGCACGAGCUCACGGAGGAAGCUUUCCAGCGCGGUGUGUUGCGCUACGAGGACGCCUGCGCCGAUCCCAAGAUCUUCGAGAAUCCGAAUCUCGUUGUCAAGGUCAACGGCAAGUUCCACAGUUGGUCGACCGCAUGCGCCAUCGUGAUGACCUUCGCCGCGUUCCAGAGGCACCUGCCUCGGGCCACGCUCUCGAGCCUCUAUGACGGGGGCAAGAGACCGAGCGACUCCAAGGCCACCGAGACUGGCGCCACCGGCGGUGGCUACAGUUCCUGGUUCUCCUGGAGACGCUCGAGCCAGCCACCGAAGAAGUCCCCGAACUCGAGUUUUGGCAAAAAUGACGAAAUCUUAGCUGAAACGCCAAGUGAAUUGAACGACAGUGAACCGCUUAUUUGUAAAGAUAACGUUCCGGAUAAUAAGACUACCGUAGAUAUUAGCGACGAGAACAGAAACGUUAACGACGAGCGCAUCAUCGACAUGACAAACAGCUUGGAGAGCUUAACUACCAGCCAAUCGCUCGUGAAUUUUAGCGACGCGAUCGAGGACAAGCUCGAGCUUGCAUUGCACGACCUCCCAAAGGACUUGGACCCCGAGAACCUAAGUGCUGGAAACGUGGACUUCCCGGAGGUGCAGCGCAGUCGCACCGGUAUCGACAUACCCCUAAGCCCCAAGAAACUGAGCGCGAUCACUCCUCCAGCUCCCGUACCCAAGAGACUCCAUUACGAGGGCAGCACUCAAAAUUACCGGAAGACUCUGAGGCUCACCUCCGAGCAAAUCGCGAGCUUGAACUUGAAGGAAGGCGUGAACGAAGUGGUCUUCAGCGUGACAACGGCUUAUCAGGGCACAACCCGGUGCAAAUGCUUCAUUUACAAAUGGCGCUGGGACGACAAGAUCGUCAUCUCCGACAUCGACGGUACGAUCACCAAGUCUGACGUGCUCGGGCACAUACUUCCCAUCGUCGGGAAGGAUUGGGCCCAGUCGGGUGUCGCGCAGCUUUUCACGAAAAUCAAAAACAACGGCUAUAAGCUACUGUACUUGUCAGCGAGGGCGAUUGGACAAGCGAGGGUCACCCGGGAAUACCUGAAGAGCAUCAAGCAGGGCGAUUUGUCCUUACCCGAUGGCCCGCUUCUCCUAAAUCCGACCAGCUUGAUCUCCGCCUUUCACAGAGAAGUUAUCGAGAAGAAGCCCGAGGAAUUUAAGAUCUCUUGCUUGAGCGAUAUCAAGGCACUGUUCGCCGAGGGCUCGCAGCCGUUUUACGCCGGUUACGGCAACCGUAUAAACGAUGUUUGGGCUUACAGAGCAGUCGGGAUUCCAACGACUCGAAUCUUCACGAUUAAUCAUCGCGGGGAGCUAAAGCACGAAUUGACUCAAACCUUCCAAUCUUCAUACUCAAAUAUGAGUUAUAUUGUUGAUCAUAUGUUCCCGGCACUUCGUGAAGACGCAGCCGACGAAUUUAGCAACUUCGCUUAUUGGCGCGAACCCAUUCAGGAAUUGCCGAAACUGGAAACGCUCGAUGUGCAAAAUUAAGUCAAUGACGAUAAUUGAUAAUAUAUGUGUUACCCCGACUUUUGUACUUCAAAUAAUAUAACGUAGCUUUAUAAGGUUCAAUUGCACAUGUAGGGCAACACGAAAAGCGAUUUUUCAAGAAUAUUGCGAACGGCAAGUCAGGAGAAACUCCUUAGAUUCUUUGAAUUAUUUCAAAUUAUUAAAAAGUAUAAUGAUAUACAUGUAUAAUAUCUCACAAAUUUAUUCCAAUCGUAAUAAAUCAAGUAGUCUUAGAUAAGUAGAUAGAUGCAAAAAAAUAAUCGGAAACUAGCCAAGAGCAAAAUGAUGUUUUUACUUUUUCAAUUGAUUUUUCCCGCUGUUUCCGCUUCUUUUUUAUUUUUGCAAUCGUUCACGUGAUAAUAACACUAAGUAUUACCAGUAAAUAGAAAUAACCACGAUCGACGCAUGUCUGUGAAACAGUUAAUGAUAUUUUGUUCAUGUAAGUGACGAUUGAAAGAUUCUAGUCCUGGUCAGUGAUUCGCUAAUUGACUUAUGUGUAAAUGUUUCGUAUUUGAUAUAUAGAUAAUGUGCGUCAUGUUUCAGUGAUUAAUCCGUUUAUUAAGCUUAUCAAAAAGUAAUAAACAUGAAAAAAGAAAUAUACAAAAAAAUAAAAUAAAUGAUAUGACGAUGGUGUUGAGCUUGAUUGAAUUAAGAUUUUGAUACAAUAAUAAGCAAAAUGAGUUAGCUAUGUUAUAAAUACCGUGAAUUCAACAAUAACAAGAUAAAUGACUAU